UCAGAAGCAGCAUCUUACGGUCCUUCAGAGCACGGCUCAGCGGCUCAGAGGCGCUUCAGCAGCAUCGAACCAGCAGCGGCGGAGCAGCAGACCGGCGAGCCGCUUCCCUCCCCGCAGGUUUAGUCUCAGCACGCCGGACAGCUGACCGGAUUCUCCCGCGGACUGCGCACUCUCUCUCUCUCUCUCUCCAGGCAUAAUGGGGAAACAGAACAGCAAGCUGACCCCCGAGGUGAUGGAGGACCUGGUGAAGAACACAGAGUUUAAUGAACACGAGCUGAAGCAGUGGUACAAGGGUUUCCUGAAGGACUGUCCCACCGGCCGCCUCAACCUGGAGGAGUUCCAGCAGCUGUAUGUUAAGUUCUUCCCGUACGGCGACGCGUCCAAGUUCGCCCAGCACGCCUUCAGAACCUUCGACAAGAACAGCGACGGCACCAUCGACUUCAGAGAGUUCAUCUGCGCGUUGUCCAUCACGUCGCGGGGCAGCUUCGAGCAGAAGCUCAACUGGGCCUUCAACAUGUACGACCUGGACGGGGACGGCAAGAUCACCAGGGUGGAGAUGCUGGAGAUCAUCGAGGCGAUCUACAAGAUGGUCGGCACGGUGAUCAUGAUGAAGAUGAACGAGGACGGCCUGACGCCCCAGCAGAGGGUGGACAAGAUCUUCUCCAAGAUGGACAAGAACAACGACGACCAGAUCUCGCUGGACGAGUUCAAAGAGGCGGCCAAGGGCGACCCGUCCAUCGUACUACUGCUGCAGUGCGACCUCCAGAAAUAGGACGCCGGCGCCACGGACUGCAGAGAGGAUUUCAUGUUCCAUUCAGUUUGCAGCUAUCUCCACUGAAAAAAAUAAUAUAUAUAUAUAUAUGCUUGGACUACCUUUCAAUGGAUCUGCUUCUUGUGUUUGAAACACUCGUGUGCAUGAGAAUGUUAAUUGCUAUCAAAAAAAAAAAAUCCACACACAACAUAUGGUCCCGUGUGCGGGUGUACGCCGCACACACACUCAGCAGACACACACACACACACACACUUUGCACAGAUAAUAUAUACAGAAAUAUAUGAAUUUCAUUUAUUUAAAAGAUCAACUGCCAAAAUGUGAAGUGUGCAAAGUAUUUUCCACGCGGCCUCGUUCUACCAGACGCUCGCUCAUCAGCGAUGCGCCGUGUUGAAUCCGCCGCCGCUCUAUUUAUUGUUCCGCGUUCACUGCCCCGAGCCAUGUGCGUUCACCACACCGAGUAAUCAACUGCACCGAACCCCCGCGGCCACGCGUCUGCCUCCUACGUCCGCUCAACGGGACAACAACAACAUGCUCGUGCUGUCAGUAGACGGAUGUAAACGUAGUUCAUUUGCAUGCCUUUAGGUUUUUGCCUUAAAAAGGAUCCCUCGUUCUGCAUCCCGUGGCCUUGUGGGAGCGGCGCUGAAUCCCCGAGGAAGGUCUUCGGUGGAAAGGGAGUAGCUCCCUCUGCCAGUGUUCCUGUGGUGCGUCGAAGCAUGUUUCCUAGUAGAAUGGCUGUAGUAUAUGUUGCUGAGCACUCCCCCCCCCAUGCAUCUAAACUCUCAUUACCAAUUAGCACAUGUUGAAUGUAGAAGAAUCCGUCCUUUUGAACCCACAUCCGAGAUUAGAAGAAGAGAGAUAAGUUGGUAGACUUGUGAUGGGACAGAACGAAUGGAGCUUCAGCUGCACUUCCAUUAGAAAGAAGAUCUCACUGCGCACCAGCCUGCAGGCUGCACACCGACGCGAUUACGAUGUGAGACUUGAGCGCUAAAGGACAGGUUGGAGGAAUCUGGCCACACAAACAGCUGCGUUGGUCUUUUUCGGUGGAAGUCAGUGGGAAGCGGCGAGAGGCGACGUGUAGAAGCCUGUAAAGCCAUAGUUGUUACAUCGUUUGGACCGAUUCACAAAUCCUACCAAGUAUUUCUCUCAGUCAAUCUUUUUGUACUUUUUUACUCCCUUGUCUCACACACUCUGGUGCAUUCCAAAUGUAGAGAAGUUGAGCGAAGCGCGGCGUCUCCUAUAAAACCACCCUGGGAAGAAACCCCGUGAGCUCGCCUCGACCCGUGAGAGAAGCGCAGACCUCCAACCGGCGUCCACACUACCAAGUGUUUCAGGAGACGAGAUACUUCACAAACCGCACUAAGCAUCCAGCACACCGCUCCAUUGUCCCGUCACAGCAGUGUCCAUCUGACCCGUCCAGACGAUGUUUCUAAUUCCAACCGUGUUACUACUGUUGUUGCUAUGGAGAUACCAAAUGUAAGCAAAGGCUAACGUGUACAAGGAUUCCUUUGUAGCAUGUAUUGUGUCCCCGACGACAUGGCUGCACUACUCCCUGUGUUGUGAUUUAAUCUAAUAAAAGGAACUCUAUGGGC